AUGAACUGGGCUUUCCUUCAAGGCCUCCUUAGUGGGGUCAAUAAAUAUUCCACCGCCUUUGGGCGCAUCUGGCUGUCGGUGGUCUUCGUCUUCCGUCUGAUGGUGUUUCUGGUGGCGGCCGAGAAGGUGUGGGGGGACGAGCAGAAGGAUUUUGAGUGCAACACCAAGGAGCCAGGUUGUACCAACGUCUGCUACGACCACUUCUUUCCCGUGUCUUACACUCGCCUGUGGGCUUUGCAGCUCAUCUUUGUCACCUGCCCUUCCCUUUUGGUGGUUCUGCACGUUUCAUACCGGGAGGAACGGGAACGCAAACACACGUUAAAGUAUGGCGAGGGCUGCCCUCGUCUCUAUGCCGACACGGGCAAGAAACGCGGUGGGCUGUGGUGGACAUACUUCUUCAGCUUGCUCUUCAAAUUGAGCGUUGAUGCUGUCUUCAUUUUCUUGGUCUUCUACAUCUAUGAGGCAAAGUUUUUUCCUUUGUUGGUGAAGUGCACUGAGGCACCCUGCCCCAACGUGGUUGACUGCUACAUCGUCCGACCCACAGAGAAACGCAUCUUCAUGGUCUUUAUGGUGGUGACCAGUUUCAUCUGCAUUUUGCUCACCCUGUUUGAGAUUUUCUACCUCAUUGGUAAACGCUGUUAUGAAUGUUGUACAUCAAACCGUCACAAACAGGAAAACCAUCUUGCUCUUGUAACCCUAUCGGCCAUUAAACAAAAUGAAGAUAACUUAAAGGAGCCAGUCUUGCUGAGAAAGGUUGAAGAUCAUAACCCAUCUGAUGAUGCCAACAGUGCCCCAGCAUACAGCGUGGCCAUCUCCUGA